AUGAAUCGCAUUCGCGGAGUGUUGCCGUGGAGAAAAUCAAAAUACAACGGCGAUUCCGAUUAUUGCACAUCGUCGGAGACGUCGAGAGCGUUGUCCGACUCGCAAUUCAUUCUGCGACCCAACACCGUCCUUCUAAGCUCAUAUAGUAACGCGACCAAUUACUAUGCGCUCGAUUCUACCGAAUCGGUGCCGCCGCGAAACAAGAAUGACGGCGGCGGCGGCAAUUCGACAAUCUCGUCGAGAUCAUCACGACGCAGUACGAUCAGCUCAACGACUAUGAAGUCCGUCGAGAUGACGCUGUCCGAGUCGGCCGACGACGAGGAGGAGAGCACAAUCAAAGGGACGCCGCUUCGCAAUGUUCCAAUGCUUCCAACAUUGACGUCAAUCAAACAUCUAAUGACUCAAACACCCAUUGAUGAUAUGGAAACCCUCGACGAGAUCACGUUCGACGACGUCGACGACGACGAUGAUCUUCUGCCGCCGCCGCUUCCGUGUGGCCAAAACCGCGAAUUCAAAAACUCCACGUUUCGCUCGUUUCCAUUCUCAUAUCGCAUCAAUGACAGUGAAAUGGGCGAAUUGUUCGCGAGACUCGGAAUGGAUGAGCCGAGCACCUCGUCGAGCGUCGACCAAACAACGGUGAGGAAGAGGUUGCACAUCAAAGAGCCGGACUUCAAGAUCUACUAUCACGACGAGUCAUUCUUCUCCUCGCCAUCAUCGUCGAAUUCGCCACCGCCGAAGCCGGUGUUGUCGCGUGCCGAAAGUGCGCCAAGAUCGAUUCUCAAAAAUUGCUCGUCAUUUCCCGUCUACGAGGAGAUCUACGGCGAUCAUCUGAGUCCGCCACCCGUCGAUAUUCGACCGAAGCUUCCCGAUCGUCCGCCAACCGUGCUGUCGCCGACGACGACGACGACGACGUCACGCUACGCGCACAGACUUCCGUCGAUUCGACGAAAGAAAAAGCUGCCAAGCCUUCAUCAUUCCACCUCAUUCGCUUCAUAUUUCCGUCGACGGAAAUAA